AUGUUGUACAAGUGGUUUCAUGCAUCAUUAUGCUACAUUGUAUUUAUAUUUGCUUUUCAGACAUCUGUGUGUAUUAUCCUCUAUCUCUGUUCACGAGCUAUAGCAGACCAGCCCUGGUGUCACAAUGGCUGUGAGAACAGCCCCUCUUUCUGGCCCUCCCUUCCCAACUCUCAGUGUGGGGGGGUCAGACAGUCGCCGAUCAACAUUGAUACUAACCAGCUGACCUUUGACCCCAGUCUCCGCAACCUCACCUUCAGUGACAUCACUAAUCCACACAGCAUCAAGUUCCUCACCAACAAUGGACACACAGUGAGCUGUGUGUUAGAGGGCCUGAUGGAGGUGAGAGGAGGGGGGCUCCCUCAUGGCUACACGGCCGUCAUGAUGCAUUUCCACUGGGGAGGCGACUCACUGUGCCACCCAGGCUCUGAGCACACAGUGGAUUCAGUCAGAUACCCCAUGGAGGUGGAGCGGUUUCCUAAAACCCUGAAGUACAGAAACAUCUACCGGCCAGUGCAGCACCUCAACGGGCGCCCCGUCUACGCUUCCCCCGGGGUGUCAGUGUCCCCACUGGGGGACAGCAGCCAGACUUCCAGCAGAGGGGCUCUCUCGCCCGGCCUAUUUCUACUGCUACUACUGGGCUGGGGGUGAGGCUGGACGCCCAGGGGAGGGGAGGUAUGCAGAAAUAAGGGGUGGAGGGAAAGCAGGAGGAAAAAAGAGGGUGGGGAAAAUAAGUGUUUGAUACUCAAGGGAGGUCAAUUUCAGCCGAUUUCUGUCAAUAAUAAAUGUGCUGUAUGUUCCCUCAGGACAACUGUACCCUGUCAUCAGUAUCUUAUGCAGCAAAAAGAAUGCUUCAGCGUAAACUAAACUGCCCACUGACAACAACAAUUCAAACGGCAAUAGGAAA